AACCGAUCACUGCCACCACCAGUCCACCAUGGCUCGCUCGCCUGCCAACUUCGUCUUGCUCCUUAUGGCAGCGGCAACCUGGAGCUUCUUCCUCGCCGCCCACGCAGGCAGGCUCCAGCCGAGCUGCAUAGGGCGCGAGAGGGACGCGUUGCUGGCCUUCAAUCAAGGCAUCAGCGAUGACCCCUACGACUAUCUCGAGUCGUGGCGACAAGAGCGCCAAGAUUGUUGCCAAUGGGCAGGCGUCACCUGCGACAACGCAACUGGUCAUGUCGUCAAGCUCGACCUUGGUGGGACAUAUUUGGUCGGCCAGAUAAGUCCAUCCUUGCUUUCUCUAGAGCAUCUCGAGUACCUCAAUCUCAACUGGACGCGACUGUGUGGGCCUGACGGUCGUGUUCCAGAGUUCUUGGGUUCCUUAAAGAACUUGAGGCAUGUCUUUCUCUGCUCUCUUGCCUCCUAAGCUUGGCAACCUGUCAAAGCUGGAAUACCUUGACCUAUCCAACAUACAUUUCAAUAAACGGAUUGUCUUAACAGACAUCUCAUGGUUAACCCGUCUACCUCUGUUGGUGCAUCUUGAUAUGAGUUGGGUCAAUCUCAGCUCAAUUGCGGAUUGGCCUCUUGUUAUGAAUAAGAUUCCAUCUUUGGAGUUGCUUGAUCUUUCUGCAUGCUCGCUUUCAAGUGCAAACCAAUCCCUCACACACUUAGACCUAACAACUCUUCACUUCCUUGAUCUCUCCUACAACUUCUUUGGUCAUCCAAUCGCCUCCGGUUGGUUUUGGAACGUAACAAGUAUCAAAUACCUUGACCUUACUGGUACCUCUAUGUAUGGGCCAUUUCCUGACUCACUCGCAAAUAUGACAUCCCUCCAACAGUUAGCAUUGAGCUACAUGGGUAACGAAGCCACAAUGACAGUAGACUUGAAAAAUCUCUGUGAUUUGGAAGACCUAUCGCUUGACGGAAGCCUCUCAUCUGGAAACAUAACAGAGUUUCUAGAUAAAUUGCCAAGAUGUUCGUCCAAUAGAUUGCAGUACUUGAGCUUGAGAAGCAACAAUAUGGUUGGAAUUCUGCCAAACAGAAUGGGGCACUUAACCAACUUAUCAUUGUUCGACCUUUCUUACAAUAACAUUACUGGAGCUAUACCGCUGGGCAUCAGGAAUCUGUCUUCUUUAGAAAGCCUUCUUCUUUCCAGCAACCUUCUUACUGGAGCUAUACCGCUAGGCGUCGGGAAUCUCCCUUGUUUAGAAAGCCUUCAUAUUUCUAACAACCUUCUUACUGGAGCUAUACCGCUAGGGGUGAGAAAUUGCAUUGAGGUUGAUCUUUCCAAUAACAAACUUAGUGGGCCUAUACAACUAGGGAUAGAGACUUGCACUAGAUUACUGUACCUUGACCUUUCUUACAAUAGCAUUACUGGACCUAUACCACCAAUAUUAGAGAACUGCACCAAAUUAUAUCACCUUACUCUUUCUAACAACCUUCUUACCGGAGAUAUACCACCAGGGUUGGGUAAUUACACUAGUUUGCAGUAUCUUUCUCUUUCGAGCAACCAUCUUACUGGACCUAUACAGCUAGAGACAGUGAGUUGUACUACAUUAGAAGUCCUCAACCUUUCUGACAACAAUAUUACUGGAGUUAUACCGCCAUGGUUGGGGAAUUGCACUAGUUUGAGGCACCUUUCUCUUUCUAAGAACCAUCUCACCGGGCAUGUCCCAUCUAAGAUCGGUUUGCUCGGCAAUUUGACUCAACUCGACCUUAGCAAUAAUAAUUUAGAUGGUGUGAUCACGGAGGAACACUUGGUUUCUCUAAAGAACUUAGAGCACCUGGAUCUAUCACACAAUUCUUUCUCAGGGCAUCUGCCAUCAGAGUUUGGAGCUACCGGCUUAGUAGAAUUGACAUUAUCCUACAAUUACUUUAGUGGGCAUAUUCCUGAAUCUAUUUGUAUGUUGUGGGACCUACUUGUCAUGGAUUUAUCAAACAACCUUCUCAUGGGUGGACUUCCUCGAUGUUCUCGAAAGCCUAACUUGGCUUUCGUCCUCUUAAGUCACAAUAAGUUUUCUGGCAAGUUCCCAUCAUCGCUGAAGAACUACUCGAGUUUGGCAUUCAUGGAUCUUUCGGUGAAUAAUUUCUAUGGAACAUUGCCAUCAUGGACUGGAGACUUGGUAUAUUUGCGCUUUCUGCAGCUAAGUCACAAUUUAUUGUGUGGAGAUAUUCCCGUGACCAUCACAAAUCUUAAACGUCUUCGGCAAUUGAGUUUAGCAGGAAAUAGUAUAUCUGGUGUUAUACCUUGGUCUUUGUCAAAUUUGACAGCAAUGACCCAGAAACAUCCAAAGAAACCUGGGGUUGACAUGUUUGUAUGGUACACCAGCCGUGUGGGUAAAUUUAGAGAAGUUUGGCCUAUUGUGAUGAAGCGCCAGGAACUUAAGUAUGGUGCUGGAAUUUUUGAUGUGGUCAGUAUGGACCUGUCACUCAACAACCUAACAGGUGAAAUUCCAGAUGGGAUAACCUCUCUCAGUGGGCUGUUGAAUCUGAACUUCUCAUUUAACCAAUUGAGAGGAAAAAUUCCAGGGAGGAUUGGAGCUAUGAAAUCACUUGAAUCGCUGGACCUCUCAAGGAACAACCUUUCUGGUGAAAUCCCAACAAGCUUGUCAGAUUUGACUUAUUUAAGCUCCUUGGACUUGUCAUAUAACAAUCUUAUCGGAAGAAUUCCACCAGGACGGCAACUUGACACCCUCUUCUUGGAGAACCCAUCUAUAUACACAGGAAACAUUGGUCUAUGUGGCCCUCCUCUUGAAAGGAACUGCUCAGGAAACAAUGCGCCAGAGCAUGACAAUCAACAGAAAAUUGAGAAGGAUUCUAAGCCUGUGUUGUUCUUUUACUUUGGACUUGGGUCUGGGUUUGUGGCUGGCCUCUGGGUCGUGUUUUGCACCCUACUGUUCAAGAAAAUGUGGAGAGUUGCCUAUUUCCACCUCGUUGACCAGUUGUAUGACAAGGCAUAUGCGUUUGUGGUUGUUACUUGGGGCAGGAUAAACCGUAAGGCGACAACAACUGAAGUGUGACAGCCAAUACGAUGAUGCAAAUCUGGUGAUGUUUCUUCGCCCUACUACUGAAGUCUGAAAUAAAUAAAGGUCCUGAAGCAAUUAGCAGCUUGUGCUAGUAUAUGUUCUUUUCUAACCGGUAGACUUGUAAUACGAACUUUGGUCUAAUGCAUGUAACUAUUAUAUUGGAUUGUACUUAUGAGUCAUGAUGAACUCGCAUUAUUUAAUUUACGAUCUGGUUCCUUUACGGUUGAUAGUUCGUAAUCCGUAAACGAACAUUUUGUGAGUCUACUAUACUUUUAAGCUUUCAGUGAGGGCUGGCAGGAGGGAACUAAAAGCCAUCAAGCACAACAAAACGAACUAACAAUGCGAGGGAUCAUCCAUCUCUAUAGAGUUAGGAAUCGUCACAUUACGGCUGAGCCAAGUUUCAUAUGGCUGCAAAACUGAGCGUCCAAUACUUGUUGAGGGGGUCAACACGAGUAGGAUACAAUACAAGGGCACACAUGUAACCAGUUUUUGCCGUGGCUCCCCAUUUUGAAAUGAAGGGUGGCUAUUCGGUUUUUUAUUUUGUUUUUUAAAAGAUUCAGUUAGACAAGAUGACAUCUGAAAUUUAUAGCUAAAGAAGUGAAACCGGAGGUUUGGUGUAUAAAUUUACCAUUGAGUUAUGAGAACGUCCUUCCAUUACACUAGUAUAUACUCCCACCAUUCCUAAAUAUAAGAUCUUUUAGAGAUUUCAAUACGGACUACAUCUGUAUGUAGUCCGUAUUGGAAUCUCUAAAAAGUCUUAUAUUUAGAAACAGAGGGAGCAUUAUGCAUUCAGUGAUGCUUGUUCAUAUAUUUCCCAGAGCUUAUCAACUACUAACUGAACCAACACAAGCACAUUCUACAUUAUCUAACCAUAAUCGCCAAUGUCGAGUGGAUAGAGAAAAUAAGUGAUUCCUUUUUUCUGUUGUAUUAAAUUAGACCAGCACAUCUCUAACUGAAACCGAUUCUUGCAAUGGUGGUUGCUGAAAAAAGAACAUAAUUUUCCAAAUCCUAAAUGUGGC